AACACAACCCGAACUCCCCAGACCCAAACCCGGGCAGGCCAACACUGCCGCUCUAUAAACACAACACAUCACAAUUUGGGACGCAAGUUCGGCCAAAAAAUCCUCUCCCCUGAACAAACUCCUGCUGCAUCCAUGGCGAAGCCGCAGCUUCUUCUCUGCCUGCUGGUCGCCGCCGCCGCGCUGCUACUCGUCGCCUCCGCCAAGAAGUCGGCCGACGUGACGGAGCUCCAGAUCGGCGUUAAGCACAAGCCAAAGUCCUGCAGCAUUCAAGCACACAAAGGUGACAGGGUUAAAGUUCACUACCGUGGAAAACUUACUGAUGGCACAGUUUUUGAUUCUAGCUAUGAGAGGGGUGACCCGAUUGAAUUUGAAUUGGGCACUGGUCAAGUAAUCAAAGGAUGGGAUCAGGGAAUUUUGGGGAUGUGUGUUGGUGAGAAGCGGAAGCUGAAGAUUCCUUCAAAGCUUGGCUACGGCGAUGGGGGAUCACCACCUACCAUUCCUGGUGGAGCAACUCUCAUAUUCGAUACUGAACUCGUGUCCGUCAACAGUGAGCCAGCCACCAAAUCAGACGAUGAAGAUGAGCUUUAGACAGCCAGGUGCAGCAAGAUCAUCUUCCGGAUCAAAGAAAGCCUAGUUUUCAAAUCACAUAGAUGAAGAAACCAUGAGACUUUUACUUUAGUUGGGCAAAAGCAGUGCCUCAAUAGAGACAGGAACGUUCUCUUACCAUGAUCAAACACAGUCUAAUUGUCAAAAUCAGAUAGAUCAGUGACUCUUGUUAGUCUUGUAUCUGGCGACCACUUGGUCCUUGGGAACAAUUAUCCGUCCAAUCAUAUUUCUUACUUGCAGGUUUACCACUGUUACUUCUACUUUUGUUUGUGGAAUGGAUCUAAAUGAAGAUGUCCAUGUCGGUUAGGCACAAUGGAUGUAACGAGUAGCAAAAAUUAGCCUUUUUAUUAGCAAGUAUAAAGCAAUAUUUA